UGUGUGCCACGCGAAAAGGAACCGAGCUGAACCUACGCUGCGCGGCGACGGUGCAGCACGUCCUGUAUCAACUAUCAACGCUUGACUCUGCUAUCAAAAAAGCAACGCCCUGGACAACACGUACGAAAUCAUGGAGCCAGAGAACCAGGCCCAGCAGUACGGCGAGGUGAACCAGCUCGGCGGCGUGUUCGUGAACGGGCGGCCCCUGCCGAACAGCACGCGCAUGCGGAUCGUCGAGCUCGCCCGGCUCGGCAUCCGGCCGUGCGACAUCUCGCGCCAGCUGCGCGUCAGCCACGGCUGCGUGUCGAAGAUACUGGCCCGCUACCACGAGACCGGCUCGAUACUUCCGGGCGCGAUCGGCGGCUCGAAGCCGCGCGUCACCACGCCCAAGGUGGUGACGUACAUCCGCGAGCUGAAGCAGAAGGAUCCGGGCAUCUUCGCGUGGGAAAUCCGGGACCGGCUGCUGUCGGACGGCGUGUGCGACAAGAACAAUGUGCCGAGCGUCAGCUCCAUCUCGCGCAUCCUGCGCAACAAGCUCGGCAACCUGGCCCACCACCAUCACCACCCGCACCAUCCGCACCAUCCGCACGCGGGCACGGGCGGCGGCGGGGCCCACACGCCGCACGCGCCCGCCCACCUGUACAACUCGAUCUAUCCCUCCUACCCGUACGCGGCCAGCACGCUCAAGUCGGAGAUGUCGUGCGGGGGCAGCCCGUCCCCGCCGACCGGCGCGACGCCGAUCCGCAGCCCGCACGCCCACUGCCCCUGGCCGUCGUCCCACUCCGUCACCGACAUACUGGCGAACGUGCACCAUCAGGCGACGGUGGCCGCCCUGCGCAACGGCGGCACGCCCACCUCCCAGUGCCACACGACCCCACCGCCCACCUCGGUCGGCGGCCAGCUGAUGAGCGGGGGCGGUGGUAACGGCGGUGGUAACGGCGGCGGCGCCGGCAACGGGAACGGCACGAUGAAUGGCGCGAGCGCGUCGGCAGCGGCGGCUGCGGCGGCGGCCGCUGCGGCUGCUGCUGCCGCCGCCGCCGCCGGCAAUGCGGCGGUCGCGAUGCACCAGCACCACCAUCACCAUCACCACCACCAGAUGCAGGAGUCGGUGUCGCCCCAGUCGCCCAACUCGUACAACUACUACAUGUACCUGCAGAGUGGCGGCAUGCAUCACGGCGGGCUGGCGAGCGCGUCCGGCCUAUAGGCUCCCUUCCCGGGAGCGUCCUUUGGAGAGCACUGAGAGCGAGAGAGAGAGAUAGAGAGAGAGAGCCUCACCCAUCCCCACUAGCUGCUCCGCGUCACGAGAUCCUUCCGGCGGCUGCGUUGCUCCGAGCUGCCGUCAUCAACACCACGCGGGGCUGCCGGACACAGCAAACUAGCUCUGCUAGGUUUUAAUCGAUAAGUCACACCACAAACCGCUUCACCUAACACGCGCUAACCUAUCCGUAAGGUACUUUUCACUGUGUAAUUGUUUGUAAUUGUACUUGUGGGUGCGUGUUUGUGUGUGUGUUUGGAUUUUAGUUUUUACCCAACCGGCCGGUGCAGGUUUGGGACGAGUUUUUGUUUUGUCAAAUGUAAGCCUCAGUUGCCAUCUUACCCCCCCGGUUAAGUGUACAGAAAAAAAGUUUCUUUUGCAGUUUUUAAACACUUUAAAGAGUACUAAUUGUAAAACAAAAGAUUCUAAUUUUUCCGUUCUUUCAAACCCCACCUAACUCCGAAGAAGGGGAGGAAAACGAAUCACUUCAGAUCGUUCAGUGGUAGAAACAGAAGCAGAGAAAACAAAAGUCAGCCCGAAAGCAGUGGCCGAGGAAAAGAGAGUAACAAAACAAUGGAAAACUAAAGUACAAAACGCAUUGUGGAACAAUUUACCCGACGACAUGGGGGGGGGAGCGAGCUUGAGCGGAACAGCGGUAACAAAAGCAAACAAACUAACUAAUCGAGUCAGAUAAGCAUGUAGAGAGAUGAGGAUAGAGUGAUCUAUGAUAGAAAACAGGGGUGAAGUGAAGAACAUUAGAUACCGCUAUAUCAAUCAUCAA